AUAUCAUAACCGAAAUUUAGGUACCACGAUAACCGACGUUACAGCUUGUUAUCAUUCUUGUUUUUAUUAAUCUGAUUUGUGCCAAAUUUUUUUUACAAUUAUUACCUAUUAAUUUGUCUCUGAAUAAUAUUAUUUUUAAUAUUUUCCGAAUUUGUUAUUUCGGUGACCACGGCCGGUAGUCGGUGAAUUGCCUUUUCGCUACACCUUAUUUAAAUGUAACCACUUUGAUAACCAGUAUGCUCUACGAUCACUUGUUCCAUCCAUCCACGAUGUAGAGUAGAUCGUGUAUCCACGAAUAUAUUAUUAAUGUUGAAAACUCCGCUGAUCUUUCCGUAUCUUUUAUCACUAUUCCUGUGAUAAUGAUUAUAGAUGUUUAGAUAUAUAAUAUAAUAUAUUAAUAUAUUUUAUAUACCGCUGAAUGCUGGUCAUAACAAUUUUAAAUUCUGAACUAAUAAAUAAAGUUUAUGAAAAUUUGUUUUAAUUAUUUUAUAAAUAAUAAAUAAAUACAAUUAUUUAUUAUUGUAACUACUUACCUACAUUUCAGUUUUUUCAUGAUAUUCAAUUUGCUUUAUGAAAAUUAUUCCCACCUAGUAAUCGAAUAUUAUUUUAAAUAAUACCUUUUUAGAAAUGAUUGUUAGACAUAUUACCACAGUUGUUGGUGUUUCCAGUUUUUGUUUUGGAAUAUGGGCUAAUAGAAAAUACAGGGAAUAUAAUGCAUUGUGUAAAAUACCAAUAUUUAAAAUAUUUGAUGCUGUUUAUGCUGAUAACGUGACAAAUGACCAGCAACUAAUCAGUAAUAAUGAACAACGGAUAUCACAAGUAAGAUACAAAUAUUUAAAAAAAAAAUUAUAAUUAGGUACAUGAUAUUUUUAACUCUUUAAUGUACCUAUUUUAUAUUUGUCUUUUUCUAUACUUGCUGAACUUUUCCUUUUUUAGAUAAUGAAAUAUGGAUUUCCAAGUUUAGAUAAUGUACGUUCAUAUAAAAACUUUGUUCUUUCAUAUGAUCAAAGGAACCGUAUACCCCAUUGGGUUUUAGAACAUUUAACACCAGAAAGUGUACAAUAUAACUCAACUGUAGACAGACAAUUAUGUGACUUUUAUGAAGAUAAAUCAUUUCAUGAGUUUUUUCGGUAAUUUUAAUUUAACUAUUGCUUUAAAAUAUAAAGUAUUUAUUAUUAAAAGUAUUUUCAGAUCAACAAAUAAAGAUUAUAAAAAUAGUGGUUUUGAUCGAGGGCAUCUAGCAGCAGCAGGCAACCAUAAAGCAAGUCAAGAAUUAAUAAAGCAGACAUUUAUUUUAUCAAAUAUUGCCCCACAAGUGGGUAAAGGGUUUAAUAGAAAUGCUUGGAAUAAUUUAGAAAAAUAUGUAAGAAAAAAAGCAAAAAAUAAUAAAAAUGUUUAUGUCUGUUCAGGCCCUCUAUUUUUGCCAAAGUAAGAUACAUUAUUUCUAUUAUUUCAUGUAUAUUAUUUUUUUAUAAACUAGGGCUGUGUUAAGGGAGGGUUAGAGGUUAAUUACUUAAGUCAAAAAAAGGGGUCAUAAAAACUUCAAAAUCUAAAUUAGUGUUAUAUAAUAGAUAGUUAAACAAAUAAAAAAAUAAACCAAAAAUUUACUUAGAGGGAUGCUGAAUAGUGUAUUGCUCUAAACCACCAAUGUAAGUUAGCACGGCUUCGAAAUAAACAUAUUAUGUAGUUGUGUAUAUAUUACAUUGUACUGUUCCUUAUGUAGGUAAAUUAUUUUCAGAAAAGGAGAUGAUGGAAAAUUAUGGAUAAAAUAUCAAGUCAUUGGCGAUAACCAUAUUGCUGUUCCAACACAUUUUUAUAAAAUCGUUGUUACUGAAAGUAAAAACUCAACAUUUUAUUUAGAAAGUUAUAUAAUGCCAAAUCAAGUGAUUCCAGAUGACAUACCGUUAAAAGACUUUAAAGUACUUAUUUUAUGCUUUCAAAUUUUAAGUUUCAAUUUUAAUUAGUGGAUAAUUAGUAGAUGUAUUUUAAGUGGUUAAAUGUAGGUUAAACAAUACUUUAUAGCUUUUUAGCAGUAAUCUUAACUGGCAGUUUGUGGACUGUAUAAAAUCAGACCCCUUAUAUUUUUCACAUAUAUUGCUACAAAAUGAUAAACUAAAUUGAACAUUUUAUAAUUAUACUAUUUUCUAUAAAAAAUUUAGCUAUAAACUACUAUAUUAUAUUUGGAUCUACAUAUAUGUGUGGAUAGGCCUUUUUUCAUACUAUAAAAAAUGUUAAAACCGACAUUGAAUACUCUUAGAGCAGAUAAAAUAACAAAUUUAAAAAAUAGUUUACACUAUAUUAUAUCAUAUUAGCGAUUAAGAAUUGUACCCAAUAAAAUUAUCAAAUAUGUACUUUUAUUUGAUCUGGCCUGCACAACCUUUUUAAUUAUUAAACUUAGUCUGAGGGUCUAAAAAAGUUGCCGAUCUCUGUUUUAUAGAAUUGAGUAAAAAUGUUGAAAUAAUACUAUACUUUUAAUAAUUCAAGCAACAAACAUAACACCCCCUUCAAAAUUCUACCAGAAAUAUAGUUUUAUUUUACUGUCACUUUUACAUGACAUAAAUAAAUUAUUGAUGUAUUAUCAGUAUUGUGUAUGUGCAUUCUAUUCAAUUGUAUAAUAUGUAUAUAAUUAUUGUUAAACUAUUUUAGUGAGUAUUAUACAAAAUAGUAUAAAAAUAUUAAAUUGAUGUAAGCUGUGUAUAUUUUUUAUAACUAAAAGUACAGAUUAAAUCUAUUUUUAUAUUUCAGUUAAUUAUUACGUAGGUAUUAUAGCUAUUAUAGAAUAUAUACACUUGAACAAUUUAAAUUUAUGCAUGGCUGGUCUUUUAGUCAUACAGUCAAUUUUUUCUUUAAGUCGAUCACCCUAAGUUUGCUAUAAAAAUAUUUUACAUACAAUUUGAUAUUGAUUAGUCAAGUUUAACGUAUGUCCCAAAGGUUAGGUUAGGUUGAAAUAAUCAUAUUUAAUUUUAGUUUUUAUUUAUUCUAUAGCUUUAAAAUGAUUUAUUACCUUUGAUAGUGAAUGGUGGAUAAACCUUUUUUUAUUUUAUAAGUUCAGUUGUUGUGUCAGAUAUUAAACAUUAUCAUAUUUAUUUUUAUUAGUCGUAGAGUUUCUAUUGUCACGAAAUAUUAUGUACCUGUAUGUUCUAUAGUUAUACAUAUGUUGUAUCUUGUAUAUUAUUCAUAUUGUCUAUAUACUAUCGUAUGACAUUCGGGAUUAAACAAAAAUGUAUUUAAUUAGUAAUAAUUUAAAUCAAAUCAUUAGAAGUAAGUCAUCAUCAAAUUUACAAGUGUUGAAACUUGUAUUUUAUAACCUUAGAAAAGUAAAAUUCAGCAUAAGACAAAGACUUCUUUAGUAAUAAAAAAACAAUAGUAUUUAGAGAAAAGGCCCGUAUCUCAACCAGAGAUACUCAGAGGGUUCUACUUGAACAGCAGUUAGAAUAAAAUAUCUUAUAUAUGCCAUGUCAUCAUCACAUAUAUGAGAUCAUUCUUAAAAGCAUUCUUGGUAAAAACUAUUAUGUAACCUCUAGUCAAAAUGUACCCUUAUUUCAACAAUUUCAAUCAGUAUGGCCAAAGAUUAAUGCUAAAAAUUUAAACCUGAACUUAAUGAUAGUCAAGUAAGUGAACAAUUAAACAAUACAAUUGAAUCUGUUAAUAUUUUGUAUGAAUUCUUUGAAUAAAACUGUAUAUAAAAGAUAAUCGUGAAUUACUUAAACUGUAAUUAUUUUUAAUGGAACUUCACCUAGAGGAGUAUUAUUUUAAAGACAAGACCAAUUCAUCAUACUCAUUGGAUGACAAAAGAAAUUUAUUACUUAAAGAUAUUCAUGUUUGGUGACGUUUAUUUUAAAUAAAAGAGAAUAUCAUUCAAUUAUCAAUGUAUGUAUUUCUAUUGUUUGCAUAAACAUUACAACAUAGCUCAAUGCUCCAAAAACUAAUUUUAUUCCCCAUCAGAAUUUUGAAUUUUAAUGAGAUAUUUACAAAUAUAAAAAAAUAAACAAAAAAUUAUCAGAAGUAAUAUUAAAACAAUUUGUCAAUUAUCUUUGGCACUUUGAUGACUGAAACAAUUUGAUUAGCAUUUUUUGAUGACGGUAUAUCUAACUACACAAAAAAUAAAAUGGCUCAAGCAUUAGAAACAAAUGAAUAUUAAGACACUGUGAAAAAACAUUCAAACAUAAAAGUCUAUGAAAUACCAAAUAUUUUAGGAAAAAUAUAGAAGAAUUUAUUUAUAAGACCCAGAAUUGUUUUAAACAAUUUAAUAUCAAUUUAUGUUUUAUUGAUUCACCAACUUUCUGGCAAAAUAUAAAAUACAAACAAGGAUAUGAAAUAAUUCGCAAUUUAAUUCAAAUAAGUCAAAUUAAUUGAAGAUUUAAUCGAAUGGACUAAAAAAUGAAGAUCAAAGCAGUAUACACUACAAGCUGUCUCAGAGUACCGGACACUAUAUUGAAAUAACAAUAAAAGCAUUGUAAUGGAAUAGAUAACUGUGUAUUGUAUUUCUGUUUUAAAAUAAAUGUUAACCAAUAAAACUAUUACACUUAAUAUAAUAAUUAAAAAAUUAUAUUUUGAAGAAAACCUAUUUUUAAACUUUGGGGGCGUUUUUCUACGUACUUUUGAUUUUCAAAUGACAACCUAUAUUAAAAAUGCUACAAUAGGUUGAUCCCUCUAUAUAUUUGUAUAUUAAUAUUCAAAUUAUAAGUAUGUUCACAUAAUUUAUUUAUAAAUUAAACGGUUUAAUAAUAAAUAUUUGUUUAGAUGCCUCUGGAUGUAAUUGAACGUGCAUCAGGACUACAAUUUUUCAAACGAUUGACACUUGAUCAAUUAAUACAAUUGAAGGAUUAAAUAAUUAAAGUCAAUCAAGUUAGUAGUUAACAUUUAUUUUUGUAUUAAUUAGAAUAUAUAGAUUAUAAAUAAAGUUAUUGAUUAUUUAUUUUAAAAA